AAGUAGUCAGUGACGUCACGCCUUCCACGUUGUCCCCGGACGUGGCAGUCGGUCCGCUUGUCUUGCGAAAAAAGCGACGCGAGCAACUCCUACGCGUUUGGCCAUUUUAAAGCGGUUUUUUUUUUUUCUUCCCUUCCGUGUGUUUAUCUUCGAAAGGAAUCAGACGCUCAACAGCAGCCAUGGGGCUCACCAUAUCUUCCGUCUUUAGUCGACUUUUUGGCAAAAAACAAAUGAGGAUUUUAAUGGUUGGACUCGAUGCUGCGGGAAAAACGACCAUCCUGUACAAACUGAAGCUUGGUGAAAUUGUCACCACCAUCCCGACUAUAGGUUUCAACGUGGAGACGGUGGAAUACAGAAACAUCAGUUUCACUGUGUGGGAUGUUGGCGGCCAGGACAAGAUCAGACCCCUGUGGCGACAUUACUUCCAGAACACGCAGGGCCUCAUCUUCGUCGUGGACAGCAAUGACCGGGAAAGAGUGGCCGAGGCUGCUGAUGAGCUCUCCAAGAUGUUGGGCGAGCAGGAGUUGAAAGACGCCGUGUUGCUGGUGUUCGCCAACAAGCAGGACCUUCCCAACGCCCUGUCCAUCAGCGAGCUCACCGAUCACCUCGGUCUCAACGCGCUGAGGAGCAAAGACUGGCACGUUCAGGGGACCUGCGCCACCCAGGGCACUGGCUUGUACGAAGGACUCGACUGGCUUUCCACGGAGCUCUCCAAGUAGACGCGGAUCCACCGGGCAGAUGAAAGCACGAACUUUCACACGGACAUUUGGCAUUUGGUCUCGCAGCUGUGGAGGACACGGCUGUGGCCAGUACAUGGGUUGUUUUUUUUUUUUUUUUUUUUUGAUGGAUCGGGUAGUAAGGGUUGCCGUUGUCUUACCUUUGUUCCAUUGUAUGACCAAGAAUCUGUGAGAAAGUCGUCAUGAAAACGAUGCAGUUUGACCACUUGAGUAAUUCCAGUCACGUCGGGUUGUAAAAGUUCCGGUCAACGGACCUGGACCAGAAUACCAGUGAUUUAUGCUUUGAAGUCUUCGUCUACUUUGCCCGCUGCUGAAUGGAUCCAAAGCGCAACAUUGUGCCUUCCAGACCCACUUUUUUUUUUUUUUUUUUUUUUUUUCACGUUUAAUGGUCAAGCCCUUUUUGAGACUUUAAAAAGAAUUUUGUACUCCCCCCACCGGCCCCCAUUCUCCUGUGUCCUGGUUCUUUGCAACUGUUUUCGUAUCGAUAAACGACCCAAGCCUUUCCUCCUUUUAGUUCUGACUUAUAAAGUAGUCCGAGGAUUCAUUGCUAAAACCGUUUGCAUUGCAGGUAGGUUCUUGUUUCGCUUGUAAUGUUUGCUCCCAAAUACUUUUUAUGUACUGUAGUAGCGUACUAAUGUGUACUUAAGUUUGCGCCUCCUUGGAAAAACAAAACCUUCCACAUGUGCUUGCGAACCCUAAAAUAUCUGUUAAUAACUUUUAAUUUGCUUUAAAAUGUUUUAUGAAAAGGAAACAAUAAAGACUUAAAAAUAUA